AUGAUCCCCGGGGCAGGGGCCGCCUGCCUCUCGGCGGAGCUGUCGUGCCCGCCUGUGGCAGAGGUGCCCCCCCCGUGCCUGCUGGGCAACCUGGCCCACGCCCACCGGAUCCGCGUGGGGCCCACCCCCCUGGGCCGCCCCAGCCUCUGCCUGCCCCAGAGCUGCCACAGCGCUUGCCCCUUGCCAGGCACCUGCAACAUUCCCGGCAACAUCGGCAGCUGUGGGGCCUGCGGCGAGGGCAGCCUGAACGGCCACGAGAAGGUGACCAUGCAGUUCCUGAACGACCGCCUGGCCAACUACCUGGGGAAGGUGCGCCAGCUGGAGCGCGAGAACGCGGAGCUGGAGACCAAGAUCCAGGAGUGGAGCAAGUGCCACGAGUCCACGCUGUGCCCCGACUACCAGUCCUACUUCCGCACCAUCGAGGAGCUGCAGCAGAGGAUCCUGUGCAGCAAGGCUGAGAACGCCAGGCUGGUGGUGCAGAUCGACAACGCCAAGCUGGCCGCCGACGACUUUAGAAUCAAGCACGAGAGCGAGCACGCCCUGCGCCAGGUGGUGGAGGCGGACAUGUGCGGGAUGCACAAGCUGAUGGACGACAUGACGCUGGCCAAGGCCGACCUGGAGACCCAGCAGGAGUCCCUGAAGGAGGAGCAGCUCUCUCUCAAGAGCAACCACGAGCAGGAGGUAAAAAUUCUGAGGUCUCAGCUCGGGGACAAGCUGCGGAUUGAGCUGGACACAGAGCCCAGCGUGGACCUGGUCAGGGUGCUGGAGGAGAUGCGGUGCCAGUACGAGACCAUGGUGGAGACCAACCGGCGGGACGUGGAGCAGUGGUUCCAGGCGCAGUCUGAAGGCAUCAGCCUGCAGGCCACGUCCUGCUCUGAGGAGCUGCAGUGCUGCCAGUCGGAGAUCCUGGAGCUGAAGUGCACGGUGAACGCCCUGGAGGUGGAGCGCCAGGCCCAGCACAACCUGAAAGACUGUCUGCAGAACUCGCUGUGUGAGGCCGAGGACCGCUUCGGCACGGAGCUGGCCCAGAUGCAGAGCCUGAUCAGCACCGUGGAGGAGCAGCUGGCCGAGAUCCGGAGUGACCUGGAGCGGCAGAACCAGGAGUACCAGGUGCUGCUGGACGUCAAGGCCCGGCUGGAGUGCGAGAUCAACACGUACCGGUCCCUUCUGGAGAGCGAGGACUGCAAACUCCCCUGCAAUCCGUGCUCCACCCCACCCUCCUGUGUGGCGCCACCCUGUGCUCCCCGUCCGAGCUGUGCUCUCCGUACCACUUGUGGGCCUGGCUCAGUCUCUGGGGUCACCACUGCGUGCCGGUUCUGA